CUUUGCUGUCUGUUCCCAGGGCCACGAUGGGCAUCCUGGAAUAUUGGGGUGUUCAUCUGCAUCCGCUGUGCUGGGAUCCACAGGAACCUGGGGGUUCACAUAUCCAGGGUCAAAUCUGUCAACCUCGACCAGUGGACACAGGAACAGAUUCAGUGCGUGCAGGAGAUGGGGAAUGGCAAAGCCAAUCGUCUGUACGAAGCUUACCUGCCCGAGAACUUCAGGAGGCCCCAGACAGACCAAGCUGUGGAGAGUUUUAUCCGAGAUAAAUAUGAGAAGAAAAAAUACAUGGACAGAAGCAUCGACAUCAACACCUUCAGGAAAGAAAAAGACGACAAAUGGAAAAGGAGCAACGAGUCGGAAAGAAAACUGGAACCCAUCAUCUUUGAGAAGGUGAAAAUGCCUCAAAAGAAAGAUGAAACGCAGCAAUCCAGGAAAAGUUCCCCCAAAUCUGAGCCAGUCAUGGACUUGCUGGGCCUGGACGCUCCGGUGACAACGCCCGUCACCAACGGCCGGCCCAGCAGCCUGGAGAAGGACCUGGACCUGUUUGCAUCCGUGGGAUCCAGCUCAGACUCCAGGAAGGUCGUUGGCUCCAUGCCGACCUCUGGAAGCGCCGGCUCCGUUCCCGAAAACCUGAAUCUGUUCCCGGAGCCUGGAGGCAAAGGGGAGGAGGUGGGGAAGAAGCAGCUCUCCAAAGACUCCAUCCUGUCCCUGUACGGCUCCCAAACGUCCCAGGUGCCAGCACAAGGUAACCCUGGCUGGGGCUCUGCUAUUUUUGGGAGCCACGAGCCACCCCUGACCUCUCUCCUGUCCCACUUGCAGGUGACCCAGCAGAUGGCUGGGAUGAACUUCUAUGGAGCCAAUGGGAUGCUGGGCUACGGGCAGUCCAUGGGAGGAGGAGGAGGAGCAGCCCAGGGCAGCAACCCCUCGCUGUGGAAAUGAGCCCUCGCUCGCACGUGACCAUUUCUGCCUUUGUUCUGUUCUCCAAACCUGCUCCAUCAGACAUUCAGGGGUUUUGUUUUGCUUUCAGGUUCGGGGAGCCAAACCCCCUCCCCAACCUGAAAUUUAUUGGGGUUUUUUUUGUUUUUUUUUUUUUUCC